GAGUUCUUAUUGGCCCCCGAAGAUUUAUUUUUCUUAGGAGCAGCAGCAAUAGUAGACGUCUUUUCUGUCAUACUUUGUUUUAUCACAUUGUGGAGGUGGGGCUGUGGGUUAUCCUGGAGCGGUCCACGGUUUGACGUGUUUAUACACUUCACUGAGCUGCCGUGUGGCUGAGAGCGCGUGCUCGCCCUGCCUCAUUUCCUGUGGCUAGGACUACAGAAAGAGAGAGAGAGAGAGAGAUAUGUGCUCUUGAUACCGAAACGCGGAAAAGCAGGGGCGGGAGAGUUUGAGGAAGAAUAAAGGCAAAGGCGGAGAGAACAGUGGAAUUGUACACUGACAGAACCGUUAGGAAACUAGAAGAAACAGUGAACCAAUGAACAACCGUAAAGAAGACAUGGAAAUUGCAUCACACUAUCGGCAGCUUCUGCGUGAGCUUAAUGAGCAGCGGCAGCAUGGCAUCUUGUGUGAUGCAUGUGUAGUUGUGGAAGGUAAGAUCUUCAAGGCACAUAAGAAUGUACUGCUAGGUAGUAGCCGCUACUUCAAGACACUCUACUGCCAGGUCAAGAAGGGAACAGAGCAACAGGCUACCAUCACACACCUUGACAUUGUGACAGCACAGGGAUUCAAAACUAUUUUGGACUUUAUGUAUUCUGCACACCUGGCACUCACCAGUAAGAAUGUUAUUGAGGUGAUGUCUGCUGCCAGCUACCUGCAGAUGACAGAGAUUGUACAAGCAUGUCAUGGUUUCAUCAGGGCAGCACUAGACAUUAGCAUUCGUUCUGAGCUGGCUGACAUGGAGCUGGCCAAUAUUGAGAUCAGUGGCAUGGUUGGCACAGGAACUGGUACCGCUGGAGGAGCCUCUGAAGCAUUGGUUUCUAUGAUCUCAGCUCGCAGCUCCUCCCCAUGGCUGGUACGACGUACCAGCCCUGCCAACUCAUCAGGAGACUCAGCAAUUGCCAGCUGCCAUGAAAGUAGCAGCACCUAUAGCAAGGAUGAGCAUGAGCCAAAGAGCCAUGAGGACUCAUGGCCAAACGACUAUCGCUCACAUCAAGUCAAAGAGGAGCAGGGAUCACCAUCCAAUGCUCAGCAUAGGACCAGCCAGGAGUCACAUGGAACACCCUCAGAGCAGAGUAAUGGCGGUGAAGGCUGGCAAACACAAACACCUGGUUCAAGACGUAGGAAGAACCGAAAAAACAAGGACACAGUCAGGCACAUCAUGCAACAGCAUGAAGGCAGUAGUAGUGGAGGUUCUCCAAUGCCUUCGAUGAUUUCCACGGCCAGCUGGAGCUACAACACACAGGCUGACAUUCCAGGAGCAGACGAGGCUGAGCCCAGUACAGAUACCCGAGACCAACGAAUUGACUUUUUCAUGAAGCAGGAGGAAUCUGGUGAGCCAGGCUUCCAUGGGUCUUCAUUGGCCAAUGACAGGGCAGAGGUGGUUGGAGGAAGUCAGGAGCAAGGUGGUUCUGUGGCCAGCUUGCGGGCAGCACUAAUGAGCAAGAACAGCCUGCUGUCGCUUGGGACAGAGAUGUUUAGUGAAGAAAAUACCCUGCUGUUUGAUUACUUGCCCAAAGGAGGACACACUCUCUCCCUAAAUGACUUCACGGUGAUCAGGAAGAAAUUCAAGUGCCCAUAUUGCAGCUUCUCAGCUAUGCACCAGUGCAUCCUCAAGAGGCACAUGCGCUCUCACACAGGCGAGAGGCCCUACCCCUGUGAAAUCUGUGGCAAGAAGUUCACCCGACGCGAGCACAUGAAAAGGCAUACACUGGUGCACAGUAAGGAUAAGAAGUAUGUAUGUAAAGUGUGUAGUCGGGUCUUCAUGUCAGCCGCUAGUGUUGGCAUAAAACAUGGCUCCCGUCGCCAUGGUGUUUGUACAGAGUGCUCAGGUCGUGGUAUGGCUGCCCUGCUGGAUCAAAAUGGUGAGGAGGAAGACCUCUACCAUGGUAAUCAUCGUUUCCCUGAUGAUGGUGAAGAAGAGAUAAUCCCGGAGGUGGAUCUGAUGGUGGAAGCAGGUGAGGAUGGAGAAGGCACAAAAUGGCCAGGUGACUCAGGUAUUUCCCAGCGUAAUGAAGGUGUCACAGAUGAUACCAAAGAGGAAAGUGAUUCAGUGCAAGACGAUGAGACCAGGGCAGGCAGUGAUAAAGAAUUUGCAUGGAUUGCCUAGUUAGGAGGAGUCUGGAUUCUGGUCUAUCUCGAUGCACCUUCUGAUAGGUGUGUGCCAUUCUAAAAUGCCAGAGUCAGUUUUCUGUGCGUAAAGGGAGCCACAUGCGCACACAACAAUCCAAAUGAUGAAGAUUUGUCAGCAAAACAAGAGAAGGGAAUCUUCUCUUCAUGCUGCAUGUGCGUUUCGGCUAGUGUCGGCUUCUUCUUCCUUCUUUCAUCCUAAGGACGAGGUUGGAAUGUUGGUGUUUUAUAUAAUUUAUUUCUGACAGAGUGAUUAAAAGUAUCUGAAUGUUAAUGGUAAUCAAUCAAACGGUGUUGAUGGUUUAGAGAAGGAGCAUACAGUAUGACUGGCACAAUCUCUGUAUGCAGUCACCACUGGCUGCUGUUUUAACUAUUCCAAAUCUGGGCAUGUCAAAUGACUUUCAGCAGUUUUAGCACAUUGUUUUCUGCAAACAGAGUUGCACUUUAAAUAUUGACUGUCUUGUCAAUUCUUUGUUUUAGUGGUUUACAUUUUUAUUCCAAUUUACAAAUAUGGUGACCGCUCCUACCUUUAAAUAUACAGUUCCUGAAGACUGUUAUAUUUGUGCAGAGUUUGCUGAUUGUAAUACUUUUUUUUAAUGCUUUUUUCUUACUUUGCAUAUUGUGUUUUCUUAAGUCAUGUGCACAUAAAAACAAUAAUGCAUAUAUUUGAUGCUUUUGCUUUUAUAAAAGGCAAUGGAUAUAAAAGUGAACACUAUGCAGAAAUGAAUUUGUCAGUUGUAGUUCUAGUUUCUUCUUCAAGGAAGUCCUUCAUGGAAGUGUGAGAGAUGGGGUUAUGGUUGAUAUUUAAAUUAAUUGUAAUUUUACAUUUAAUCUUUAAUAUUUCCAUAUAACUUGCAUUUCAUGUUUCUUAGUCAGGGGAAAGGCUUGAUAUAUACAGUGAGAGAUGAUUGAGUGUCUGAAUGUAUAUGCACAUAUGAGCUAUAUAGGAUCCCAAGGUUGAGGCAGUGUUGAAUAUUUGAAGUCAAUAAAGUAGUCAUUAGUUUUUACAGUUAUUGAUCACAUUUAAUAUUUCUUUGAAUUGUCACUUACUAGUUUAUUGUAUUCUACUUUUUUUAUUCUUGUUCUGAAUUCCACCUUCUGCCUCUGGAAUCUUGAAACAUUGCAGUUUAACAGGGAGAGUCAUGCCUUCCUGGGAGAUAUUUAUGUUACAUAUGGAGUGAAAAUUAUAUACAUCACACCAGAUGAUUCUCUGUGAUAUUUAAUUUUACUAUCUCUCCUUCUUCUCUUUUUUCUAUUCCUCUUUUUGACAUUUGUUUCCUUCUAUUAUUAAUGUCUAGUUUGUUUAAAAUAACAAACUGUGUAAAUGGUUUGUGUUGGAAUUACCUUAAAUCUGGCGCAUGCUUUUUGUCAGUUUAUUUUGUUUAAUAGGUUAUUUAUUAUCCCGUUGAUUACUCAUCUAUUUUACCCUUCUGUUUGACUAUACCUUCAAGAGCACAAACAGAAAAGUGUAUUUUUAUGUAAUGACAGAAAUUUGUGAAUAUCUCUUUUCAGUGUUGUGUGUUCUCCUGCUAUGAGUACCUAUUAUUAUUAUUAUUAUUAUUAUUAUUAUUAUUAUUAAUAUUAUUGUUGUUGUUGUCGUCCUUGUUGUUGUUGUCAUUAAGUGCUGGAUGCUAAGGUUUAUUGUGAAUUUUAUUUAGCUAUUUUUUUUCUUUUGGACCAGAGCAUAAACUCUCAGAAUUGCCUUGUU